AUGUUUCGUCCGAAUAGGUUAUUGACGGCAUUUUUGCCAAAAUUGAAACAAAUCAGAACGUUAAAACAGAGUAAGUUAUUUUAGUUAUAUUCUUCUUUGCUUUAGAUAAGGUAUUUCACUGUUUGGUAAGGUUUUAUUGGGUAUUUCAAGCCAUGUUCCACGAAAUAUACUUCAAUUUUCAGUUCAAACUGUCACAGAAGGAAAUCUAAGUGUGGUCAGUUUGGUGGACGUGCCCGAGCCGACUAGGAAACGGGUUUUUGAUACUAAAGAGCACAGUUGUGCUUUAUGUUCGAUACCUAAGAAGAUUACCUACAAAGAUGUGCUGAUUCUGGAGCAGUUCAUGCGAGAAGAUGGAACUGUGUUGCCAAUGCAGUUAACCGGUCUUUGUAAAAAGCAGCAGCUGAUUUUGGAGCGGUGUGUGAUGCAAGCCCAUUGGAGUGGAUUGUUUCUUGACAGAACGUUACCAGACUUUGACAGAAGUGGCUACAAGAGGUUUAAUAGGUAUUGGAAGGACGAUCGUGACAUGUACAAACUUGAGUCGAAGUUGGAGCCGGGUUCUUGGUACUUUAUCAAGCGGUAUAUCACCAAGAAAGGAGAAUUUGCGAAGCCUUUGACGAAGAAAUAGUUGUUUUGUUGUUGUUUUAGGUAAUAAAUUGUUAUUCUGUUUGAAAUUUGCGGGAUUGACUUUAAUUUGUUUGAUACAGUUGUUAUUUAUUACUAUUUAUUGAAAUUAUAUUUAUCUUGCUUGAUUAAUGUAUAAUAUCAAAAUUUUUAGGUAUGUUAAAACAUACUGUGAUAUUGUUAUUGGCUAUAACAAUAUCGGAAGCUUUAGAUGUUUGGGUAGAAGACGAAAGUCUUAUUAGGGCUUUACCAGGUACAAAUGCCACUUUAAGGUGUCCAGUAGAAUAUUCGGCUAAUGAUGAAUUUGAUUGGUUUGUAGCUGCUCGAAGAAUAAAUAUUGGAAGUUGGAGUAAAGGCGUAGUUGAGCAUUAUAAUACUUUUAAUGACAGUUUGAUAAUACGAAAGGAUGGGACUAUAUUUGUCAAAGAAGCCAGAAGGAAUUUGGUGGAACAGUAAGUUAUGUUGUCUAUUUCGAUUGAAAUUUUAAAUUUUAGUUUUAUUCUACAUUAAAUUACGGUUAUAUUGUUGGUUUAGGUAUGAAUGUGUUUUCAAGUCUAAAGAAGCGAAUGGGUUCAUUUUCUUCCGACUGGACUUGGCAUACUUUUACGAAGGUCCUAUAUUCUCUACCGUAUUCUGGGGAUCUUGUGUGGUGUCAUUGAUAACAUGUGCAGCUAGCUUUGUUCUUAAUGUUCUUUGGAUUAUCAUUAGGAAGAUCUCAAUGUGGUGGAUCAACAGAUCUGGUAGGAGUAGUUUUGUGUUUGUAAAAGUGGUCUUACAUCAUUAAUGUAAAUUAAGCCAUUUUGAACAGUUGUGUUUUAUAAAAGAUUAGUUUAACAUUGUGUUUCAUGCCAAUUUUGUUCUAGAAAGAAUAAGUAGGGUCAGAACGAUGGUCGAGGCUAUGGAGAAGUACAGGCAACGGCAGAUCGACAGUCUUCACGAUAACUAUCAAAAGAAGGUACAGACGAUCCGAGACAAUUAUCAUCAACAGGUUGAGGAGAUACGACAAUCUUACAUGAAACAAGCAGAUAGGUUCAGGGACUACCGACAAGCUCAGAUGGAAACGAUGACACAACACUUGGAUAACAUUAGGGACAAUUAUAAUCAACAAGUUAGUUAAUACUAGUGUUCUAGCUUUUAAUUUGUUACCUUAUACUAUUAAUGAGAAAAAAAAAUUUUUAUCUAUUUGUGUUGCUGUAAAAGUCAGUUUUCUGGGUAUUAAGUUUCUACUAUUGAUCUAAUUUUCUUUUUUAGUUGGGCAGGAUCAGAGAGUACGGUUCUCGACGUGCAGAACAACUUCUCGAGAGUUACGAACGUCAACUGAACAGAAUGAGAACGUUCACUUUGCAACACCGCCUGAAGUUGAUGCGUCAGUACAAGGUCAAACAACAAUAUAUCAACAGGUUACUAGAAAACAUCGAUAACACUAACAAUGUCAAUGUCAUUUCUGAAAACGUAAGUUUUUGAUAUACUUUGUAAAUGGUAUAGUUUUUACCGACCUUAUAUAAUUUGUUUUAAGUUUGAUGAUGAGGAUACCUUGUUAUAAGUUUAUGUUCAAGGAGAUUGAUAUUGUUAUUGUAGGAGCAAAAGAUCAGGGCCGUUUUGGAUCUUCCCCAACCUGAUCUCCCGACUCAACCUCCCUUCUCUGAUCGUCAUCUUCCGGCUUCAGAAUUACAACGGUCGGCUUCGUUCUAUUCUCUUCCUGAAUUCGUACUUGAUGACGAUGAUAAUGCUGGCUUCAGAAAACAGUUUCUGCCAAUUAAUUUCGCAGAAUUAAAAGAAAACGACCGGCCAUCGACCAGUCAACACAAGUCUUCGGGUGAUAUUAACACUAAGGUCUCUGGAGAUGUGUCUGAUGUUAUGCACGAUGUAGUCAACGAGAUCGUUGAGGAUUCUCAACCAGAUUCCCCGCUUCUGGGUCCGAGUUCUUCCAAGAACUGUAAAUAUACGGAUUAG